UCUGAAAGGUUAUAGGGUAGUAUUGGCGUCAUUACGUCAUCACCAAGCGACAAAAAAAUGAGACGAAGCGGCAUUCAUUACGCGGUUGUCACGUUGAACAAACCAGUAGGCUUAACACCAUGGACUUGGCAUGUGGUCCAUUGGGCCUGGGUGCAGUAGCAGGACUGGGCUGUGGGCUCCUGCUUGGCUGGCACCUUCGUGCUCGCUUGGGCACGACCUCCAAAAACCUGAUUGGAGCCCUGGGGAACGGCACUGGUGAGGCUAGUGUGAUGGGAGAAGGAGGCGAGUUCAAGAUGGUACUAGUGGUCCGAAAUGACCUGAAGAUGGGUAAAGGGAAGGUCGCUGCCCAGUGCUCACACGCUGCUGUAUCAGCUUACAAGCAGGUUCAACGCAGGAACCCCGAGCUUCUCAAACAGUGGGAAUACUGCGGCCAGCCCAAGGUGGUGGUUAAGGCCCCUGAUGAGGACACCCUGAUCGAUCUGCUGGGCCAUGCCAAAGAGUUGGGGCUUCCUAUCAGCCUAAUUCAGGACGCAGGAAGAACUCAAAUCGCGCCCGGAUCGCGCACUGUGCUCGGUGUCGGUCCUGGACCCGCCGAUCUGAUUGACAAAGUCACUGGAGACUUGAAACUCUACUAGUUUUAGGCUAAAAUGUAAUGCUUGACAUGGUUAGCUUGUUUUUUGUUGACUCUUGAAUGCAAGGAAUGGAUGUCUAUUGUUGAUCCCAUCACAAUAAAAACAUUUUUUUUCCCGA